AUGGCGUCUUCCUCCGGGCGAUUAGUCAAAUGGGCCCUGAUGUUGACUCAAUUCGCUAUUGACUACAAGCAGCGCCUAGCAAUUAAGGGGCAAGCAUUGGCUGAUUUUGUCGUUGAGUGUACUGCUCGAGACUCUCGACUGCAAGUUCAUGAAGAUUGCGAUGCGGCCUGGUGGGAAGUUGCCACUGAUGGCUCUAGUGGCAAAAAAGGUUCCGGUGGAGGAGUAGUCGUCACAAGUCCCGAGGGGUUCAAGAUGUAUUAUGCGUUGAUAUAUCAUUUUAGCCCGAAAAAUAAUGAGGCCAAAUAUGAAGCUUUUAUAGCGGGCUUGCAACAUGCUCGAGAUUUUGGGGCCAACUAUGUUCGCAUUCAAAUAGAUUCGUUGUUGGUUGUCAGGCAGGUGUUGGGAGAUUUUGAGAUAAAUGGUGAUCAGUUGUACCAAUACCGGAAUCUAGCUCUCGAAAAGUUAAGUGUGAUGCAAGAAGAUCGCUUGCCGAAUGAUCCCGACCGUGCGCAGAAAACUAAGCUCCGAGCUCCAAGGUUCUAG